CUCUCCUCUGCAGGCUUCGGGAUGACCACGCCGGUGACGGUGGCCGGCAAGGUGUUCCUGAUCUUCUACGGGCUGCUGGGCUGCGCGGCCACCAUCCUCUUCUUCAACCUCUUCCUGGAGCGCAUCAUCACCCUGCUGGCCGUGGUGAUGAAGGCCAUUCGUCUGCGACGCCUGCGCAACAGCGGCCUCCUCCCCCCGGGCAUCUCGCGGGACUUCGCCGUGAGCGCCCUGCCCGGCUGGAAGCCCUCCGUCUACUACGUGAUGCUGAUCCUGGCGCUGUCGGCCAUCGUCAUCUCCUGCUGCGCCUCGGCCAUGUACACCCCCGUGGAGGGCUGGUCCUACCUGGACUCGCUCUACUUCUGUUUCGUCACCUUCAGCACCAUCGGCUUCGGUGACUUCGUGAGCAGCCAGGACGGCGACUACGACUACCAGGCGCUCUACCGGCUGGCCAACUUCCUGUUCAUCCUGCUGGGCGUGUGCUGCAUCUACUCGCUCUUCAACGUCAUCUCCAUCGUCAUCAAGCAGGUGCUCAACUGGAUCCUGGGCAAGACGUGCUGCCAGCAGUGCAACAGGCCCAACGCCUUCCUGGGCCGCCGCAACGCCAUCCGGCCCGGCUCGCGGAUCCGCAAGAAACACCUGCCGCGCUCCAACGACUCGGACGGGCCUGGCGACAGCGACACGGAGGGCCGCCGGCUCUCGGGGGAGAUGAUCUCCAUGCGGGACUUGGCCGCCUCCAACAAAGUGGCGCUGGCCCUGAUGCAGAAGCAGCUGUCCGACUCGGCCAACGGCUACCCCCGGACUGUGUGUGGCGGCUCGCGGCAGAAUGGGUUCUCGGACGGCGUGGGCGCCUUAGGCAUCAUGAACAACAGACUGGCCGAGACCAGCAAGUAGUAGCCCGAGAGGAACCCCUGGAGCUGAAAGGCACGGAGCUGACGGAGCGAUCCGUACUUUAUUUAUUUAUUUCUUCGGAAUUUUAACACUGAGAACUGUUUCGAUUGUAUCGCAAACACCGUAGACACCUCUCUUAAAAGGAUAGAGCCAAGCUUUCUAAUGAAUUUUUUUUUAUUUCUUAACAAACAAAACAAACGACAAAUGACAUCCAUUCUAAGUUUGCCUUGUGAAGAUCAAUGACGGAGCAUGUUUUUGCAUGAGCUUCUUUGGAUCCUUUCAUUAGACACUGCUGCUGGUGUGUGUCUACAACUGACGUGUGGGAUGGUGUCAUCCUACCGAAGCCUGUAACCUGAGGAAACGUUCACAUCCUCUCCUAACCCAAGGGCGCUGCAAGGGCACAGAGUAACAGCCUCAGGACAAAAUGGUGGUGUCCCAAAAUACAUCACCGAUCUCCGAUUCAGAGCCACCGAAAUACAUCGUCCAGUGCUUAUGUAACAUUGCUCGCUCACAUAAAUGAACUUAAUCAAAAUGAUAUCUACUUAUCUAAUUACCGUCAUCUGGAGGCUCAUAGUGUCGAUUAUAUUGGCAGGAUUAGGUGAUAUGCUGAUAUGGUACGGAACAAUGUGAAGUUUGAUGCCAUCCGCCGAGGUUUAACACACUCUAUAUAGACUAUGCAUGCAAGCCAUUUAAACACCCCAAAACCCGUCGCUAGUUAACAAACUGCUUUGCGUGAUUCUAAUCACGAUGACCUGUCUUAUAUUAGUUUAACGCUACCGUCACACAACGCUACCGUGAGGAAAGGUUUCCCUUCAAGCCCAGUGAAGUGCAACCCUAUACAUAUCAGAAUGAUAUCCAUCGCUAAAGCCAUAUGCCUAGACAGCUUUUGGAAACAUGACUAUCACUGUUCAUGCUGCUAUACUCCUUCACUGGAUGCACAGGUCCAGGUUCUACACUGUCUGCAUGCCACACUCAUUGAUCGCCGCGUCCCAAUGGAGUCCUUCUUGCUAUGCACAGCAUAACAUUGAUUAGGCCGAGUAAUUAAGUCAUUUGGCACGAGGCGGCCUCAUCCUCUAGCUGCCUCAGCUAGCCAUCUCGUCUCUCUCUCUCUCUCUCUCUCUCUCCCUCUAAGUGUAUUCCCAGUCAGUGAGACGAGGUUGAUGUCUGUAAUUUUGCAUCCCAUCUGCACUUUUGCUCAGAUUAUUAAUCAUUCCCUGGCUGAGGUGUGGAUGAAGUUGGCGGUGUUCCCUCGAGGACGCUCUGAGUUGGUGAAACGGGUCAAUAAGUCUCUUCUAAUGGCUGAACCAUUACUCCUCGGUUUUUAAUUGGCAAACCCUUUUGUUUUUACAAAAGUUUGACAAAAGCAGCUGAAAAGGGAAAUCGAUGGUGUAAUUGAAAUUCUAAUUGAAUGCUGUGUUUCUCACAUGAUCAUUAAUCCUCAGCACGGGGUUCUAACGUGUUGUUUGGAAAUACUAGCAAAGGCCUUGACACCUGUAGGAUUAGUGCUGAAUGGGUAAAUAGGUUUAAUUUAUUAUACUGUGUUUAUGCCCUGUACUAGGCAUGGACAAGCCUUUAUGUUUCAAUUGUACAUUUCUAUCGGCGAAACCCACUAUUAUUCCUUUAACCUUUUCCAUGUCUGAAAAGCUAGAAAAACAAGCAACACAUGUUCUAAUUGAAAUAUUCACAUGUCUUUGAUAGCCACAUUUUUAUAAAGUAUUCAUAUUCAGGGGUUUUUCCUCCUUUUCCCCUGGAGUCCCAAGAGUAUCGCGAGGAUCAGGUCAGAAAAUACAAAGAGAGUGAAAAGACUUUUUGAUACUGUGUGUGAGGUCUUCACGUAGCGAUUUCCCAAAGUUUUAAAGAGGACCGCCAUGAAGGGACCCAAGGGGAAGUGAGCUUAGCCUCAUUUUUUUUUUUUUUUUAAGAUUUAUUUUUGGGCUUUAACCGAUAGUCUUAGUGAAGAGUGGGACAGGAAAUGAGAGGGA